AUGUCACAAGAAGGACUUACCAAGAUCAAUCCAAUUCCAUUAGAUGAACCAAUUGAUAUGCAUGCAGUAACAACUAAUGAAUCUUCAAUUGUAAUUCCUCCCCCACGAAAUAAUAAACCAUGGUUAAUUCCACUUCUUCUUAAAAUCCAAAAAUAUAGUGCAUAUACAUUUGUAUCAUUCUUAGGUAUUCAUUUAACUUCAGUAAUUAUUGUUCCAAUCUUACCAAUUGAUCCAGAUAUUAAACAAGAUGUAUUUUCAAUGGCUAAAGCAGUUUUCCAAUCUUUACCAUUAUAUGAAAAUUUUAUAAUAUAUGGUAGCUCCCUUUUACAUGUAUGUUCAGGUAUUGGACUUCGAUUAUUUAGAAAGAAUAAAAGAAGAAGAAGUUCUAAUGAUAAUGAUAAACUUCGUAUUAGUGAUGAUGAUCAAGAUAUUGGACUUGGAGGAAUUUCAAAUAUUUUUGGAUUAGGAUAUAAGAAAUCAUGGAUUUCAACAACUUUUGGUAUUACUCCAUUACAAUUUUCAGGAUAUAUGAUAAUUCCAUUGGUUGCUUAUCAUUUUUAUAAAUUUAGAUAUGUACCUUGGGCUUAUGAAGGAGAUUCAAGUUUAGUAAAUUUGGAUUAUAUUUCAUACGUUUUAAAUUUGAAAUAUCCUUGGUUAAAUACCUUGGGAUUAAUGGGAUUAAUUUGGACUAUUAGUUAUCAUGUUGUUAAUGGUGUUAUGAAAUUACAACAUAAAUUCAAUAAACAGUGGAAGAAAAUUGGAUUAGGAUUAAUCAAUUUGAUUGGUAGUUUAGGAAUGAUUAGUGUUUAUUAUUUUAAAUUUAAUCAUUGUGAAGUGGAAGAAACGGGAUUCUUAGGGAAAGUAUUUGUCAAGUAUAUUCAAUCCAGUUGGCUUUAG